AUGGCUGACGACAAUGGUGAUUCAAAAAAAAAAAUAAUAAAAAGUGUUUUAUACGCUAAAAAAAGCAACCCGGCGACUUUUCAUUUUAAAACAUACAAGAAAAUUGCAAAAGGACGUAAGCUUAAAAAAAGCUCAAAGACAUUAGGGCAGCCGUUUGAAAAAAAGCUGGGGAAGAAGUUCAAGCUUGAAGUUUGGGAGGAGAUCAUCAAAACCAUGAAAAUCAAUAAAAAAACCAUGUUUACUUGCGAUAAAUCGGUUGUUGGGGGCUAUCCUUUUGUCUCSAAAAAAAAACGCAAUGCUGUGAARCAAGCAAAAGGAAAAAAAACUAAAASCCAUGARCAGCAUGAYCACUAAAAAAAUCUAUCAGCUAUCAAACCUACUGGGUAAAAAAAACUGGACAAACUAUCCCGUAAAGAGAGAAAAAAAAUCUUUGAAAUUGAACUGUUGUCUGUUGAAAAAAAAGGUGAUUAUAAGAAAGAAACUUGGCAGAUGGAUUCAGGGGAAAAACUUAGUGUCAUUCCUAAAAAAAAAGAGGAAGGAAAUCAAUUGUAUGCCAAAGAAGAGUACAAAGAGGCAGCAGAAAARUAUGCAAAAAAACUAGGAUGCCUUGAGCAGCUGUGUCUUAGAGAAAAGCCAGGAGAUGAAGAAUGGACUAAACAAAAAAAAAUGAAAAUACCCCUUUUACUUAAUUUAAAAAAAUGUAAGUUAUUACUUGGUGAAUACUAUAAAAAAAUCAAACACACUGGCACAGUGCUUGAAAAAAAAAAUGAAAAUGUGAAAGCUAUUUAUCGGCGUGCAAAGGCACACAAAGCAUGCUGGAAYCCAGCYAAAAAAAAGGCAGACUUCAAGAAAGCUGCUGAACAAAAAAAUUCACUUAGAAAAACCAUCAAAAAAGAAAAAAAAGAGCUGGAGCAAUUGAUCAAAGAGCAUAAAAAAAAUGAUAAAGAAAAAAUGAAAAAAAUGUAA